AUGACCAUUUCAAAACAAGUGUUGGUGAUUGUUAAUUUUUCUUCAGAAGAAAUGGAAAAGUCCUUCGAAUCCGCAAAGAACAUCUUGAAAUCGAACGGAUUUGAUGAUAGUAAUUCUCAAUUGACAAAAUGUGAUAUUUCUAAAGUGAUUCCAUACGAAAAUGACUCAUACGAUGCUGUUAUUAACUUGGACUCAAAGAUUCAAACUGAACAAUUUAUUAUGGAAUGUCUCCGAGUAUUAAAGAAGGGCGGACUUGUGAUGUUGUCCCAAACUAACAACUCAGAAGAAAAUUUGAUGAUGGGUGGAUUUUUAAACAUUGUUGUUGACAAUAACCAAAAGGUAGUAAAAGCUGAAAAGGCCUCAUGGGACAUGGGAACUAGUUUUUCUCUCGCUACGAAGGAAAAACAAGCCAAUAACCUGACCACUCAAUCCUCGCAACCACAACAGAAAUCAUUCAAAACUUGGACUGUCAGCAACCUUGAAGAGGAUGACAUUAUGAAUGAUGAUGACUUGCUAGAAGACGAAGAUUUAAACAACGCUGCAAAUUCAUUUGAUGAUUGUGGUACUGGAGUUGGAAGCUCCAAAAAAGCAUGUAAGAAUUGCACAUGUGGUAGAAAAGAAGGAGAAAUUCCAUCAUCUACUGAACAACAUGUGAGCUCUUGUGGAAAUUGUUAUAAGGGAGAUGCAUUCCGUUGCUCAACAUGUCCUUACUUGGGAAUGCCUGCCUUCGACCCUUCAAAUCCUAUCCAAAUUAACAACGACAAAAUUCAAAUCAACAAUACUAUGGAUAUUUAA